GAUGGAAGGGGAAAGAUGAACUGGAGUGAGAACAGUGAUAGUGAAAAUAAAAUCACGUUUUUCAAUCAUGACGUUUUGGAAAAAUGCAGACAUAUUUUGAAAAUUCGUGUGACUUGUAAGCUAAAGUAUAAUGAAGUUCAUUUACCGGGAUCACCGAAUAACAUCGACGGGUACCAUACGAAUUGUUACAGUAAUUUCACUGCUGUUAAAAGGAAUUAUGUUGACAAAUAUAAUGCAUUGAAUUUACCAGAGCCUGAUCUCCCUAAUGACGAAUCAUCUUCUGCAAGUCAAGCUACACUGUCUUGUCAACCAAGCACGAGUUCGUCAGCUAAUAGUGAAUCGACUGCUUCGUCAUCUGAGAGUCAAAGUACACUGCCUUGUCAUUCCAGCACAAGUAACGAAAAUGUUCAAAACUUGGAAGAAGGAGUAGAUAGCGACAAUGUAGUUUGUUUUUUUUGUGAUAAAUCGCGUAAAAUUCACAACUACAAAGUAGUUCCAAUUGUCAAAUGUGAUUGUAAAUUGCCAAUAUUAAUCGAAAAAAUCGUUACACAUGCCAUUGCUCUAAACGAUAAACAGAUAUUAACUAAAAUUGAAAAUGCCCGGUCGAAAAAUGUCAUUUCUUAUCACAAUAUGUGUCAAUUAAAUUAUUUUAAGCAACUUGUAUCUAAAUCUAUUCAAAAAUCAGAGUGGCAUGCUAUACGAGAUAUUCAUGUCAUAAUCGACAAUGAAAUUUAUGAUUUAAUAUCAAAUAAUACGAUAGCAAACAAGGAGUGCUAUUCAUUGAAAUAUCUUGUUGAGUAUGCCAAAAAUGCUUUGUAUAAGUUAGGUGUAGAUAAUUACGAAUCUUACGAAUCAAGCUUAACGAGCACUUAUUUGUUAGAGAAAUUAAAAAAAAAAUUUGGCGAUUAGUUGCAAGUGAUAACGU